AUGGCUGCUGAUAUCCAGUUGGACUUGUAUGAUGAGGCAAAAGGAGAGUUUGGAGGUCGUCUUGCUGUGAAUUCAAGGAAACUACGAACUCCAGCAAAUUGGUGGAAGCGUUUUGGAAGGGACACACCUGAGUUGACGAAGUUUGCUAUUCGUGUCCUUAGCCUUACUUGUAGUGCAUCUGGGUGUGAGAGGAAUUGGAGCACAUUUGAACAGAAAAGAAAUAGACUUGAACAUCAAAAGUUCAAUGCUCUAGUAUAUGUGAAGUAUAAUACGGCGCUAAGAGAGAGAAGUAUUAGAAGGAGGUCAAAGAUUGAUCCAAUAUUGGUGAAUGAAAUUGAGUCUGAUGAUGAAUGGAUAACUGAGGUUGAAGAACCAAUUCUACCAAUUGAUCUUACUUGGCUUAAUUCUCAAGAAUUAUAUGAUGUUGAUGUCAUCAGAAAUAUGCCCACUGAACAUUAUGAAACUGAUCUACAUACUCGAGUGCCUAUUUCUGUGGAGCCUAUUGUUGAUCCUAGGACUCAAGAGCGAGAGAAUAUUCAUGUUAUGACUCAAGAACCUAUUAUCCAUUCUAGAACUCAAGAUCCUAUUAUUGAUGAUGAUCUUAUUCUUGACGAUGAUGUUCUUCUUUCCUCGUUAGCUUCAAAAAAAAGAAAAGAUGGUGAAGCCUCAAGUAAGAGGAAAGUCAAAAGCAAGUCCAUAAGAGCGAUGCUUAUGGAUGAAGAUGAUGAGAUAGAUAAAGAUCCUUCAACAUUUGAUAGUGGGAAAUAUCCUUUUCAUAUUGAUACAGUUGAUCAAUAUGAUAGUGAUGCUAGUUUGAAUGAUAUUAGUGUUGAGGAGUGGGAUGAGUGA